CCAUGAUGCCAGGACAUGCUAGAAACCCACACAGUGUUCAGGUCAGGAAUACGCAUGAGCUUUACUAUCUGAGGACCCAGCAAGCACAGGAGAAGAUGGAGCGAUCGGAGAAGAGGUUGAAGCAACGAUUACGCGUGUGCGUGGCCACCUGUAACAGAGCGGACUACUCUAAACUCGCACCCAUCAUGUUCGGCAUCAAGUCUCACCCUGAAAUCUUUGACCUGGAGGUGGUGGUGCUGGGGUCACAUCUCAUUGACGAUUACGGAAACACGUUCCGUAUGAUUGAGCAGGAUGAGUUUGAUAUUCGCUCUAAGUUGCACACCAUUGUUCGUGGUGAGGAUGAAGCUGCUAUGGUGGAGUCUGUGGGUCUCGCGCUUGUGAAGCUUCCCGACGUCCUCCAGCGUCUCGCUCCUGACAUUCUGCUCGUUCAUGGCGACCGUUUCGACGCGCUGGCCUUGGCGACAGCAGCGGCUCUAAUGAACAUUCGCAUUUUGCACCUGGAAGGUGGAGAAGUGAGCGGAACCAUUGAUGAUUCCAUUCGUCACUCCAUCUCCAAACUGGCACACUACCAUGCCGUCUGCACGCGCUCGGCUGAGAGACACCUCAUCUCUAUGUGCGAAGACCAUUCUCACAUUUUAUUGGCUGGCUGCCCGUCUUACGACAAGCUGCUUUCCGCCCACCAACGAGAUGAUUAUACUGAUAUCAUCAAGUCUUGGAUUGGGGAUGAUGUGAAAGAACAGAACUAUAUUGUAGCUCUGCAGCAUCCUGUUACCACAGACAUCCAGAAUUCCAUUAAGAUCUAUGAGUUAAUGCUGGACGCUGUCAUCUCCUUCAACAAGAGAACUCUUAUUCUCUUCCCGAAUAUUGAUGCAGGCAGUAAGGAGAUGGUUCGUGUGAUGAGGCGGAAGGGAAUUGAGCAGCAUCCGAACUUCCGUGCGGUGAAGCAUGUUCCGUUCGAUCAGUUCAUCCAGCUGGUGGCACAUGCCGGCUGCAUGAUCGGCAACAGCAGUUGUGGAGUUCGUGAGGCUGGGGCGUUCGGAACACCUGUCAUUAACCUGGGGACUCGCCAGACGGACGGAAAUGCGGUCCAACGCAUCUUGAAGUUCAUGCAGUCCAUUAACCUUUCUGAGCCACUACAGAAAAAGUUCUGUUUCCCAGCAGUGAAGGAGUGCAUCUCUCAAGAUAUCGACCACAUUCUGGAGACACAGAGUGCACUUGCUGUUGACCUGGGAGGGACCAACCUGCGUGUCGCCAUUGUCUGUAUGAAGGGUAAAGUAGUUAAGAAAUAUACCCAGUUGAAUCCAAAGACAUUUGAGGAGAGGAUAGAACUGAUUCUGACCAUGUGCAAACAGGCCAUGGCUGACGCCAUUCACCUCAACUGCAGAAUCCUGGGUGUCGGUGUGAGCACAGGGGGGCGUGUGAACCCACAAGAUGGGAUAGUCCUCCACUCCACCAAGCUAAUAAAUGAGUGGAGUUCGGUGGACAUCCGUACACCCAUUUCUAGCGCCCUUCAUCUCCCUGUGUGGGUCGAUAAUGAUGGCAACUGCGCCGCCCUUGCUGAGAGGAAGUUUGGCCACGGGAAAGGCGUAGAGAACUUUGUCACCAUUAUCACUGGAACCGGAAUUGGAGGUGGUAUAAUCCAGCAUAAUGAACUGAUCCAUGGCAGCACAUUUUGUGCGGCAGAAUUGGGACACAUUGUGGUCUCAUUGGAAGGACCAGAGUGCAUGUGUGGCAGCCACGGCUGCAUAGAGGCCUACUCAUCAGGUCUCGCCCUGCAGAGAGAAGCCAAGAGACUCCAUGACGAGGACUUGCUGUUGGUUGAAGGAAUGACUGUGAAUAACAAAGAACAGGUGAACGCUAUUCAUCUCAUCAACGCUGCUCGCCUUGGCAACUCCAAAGCUGAGAGCAUACUCCACACAGCGGGAACUGCCCUGGGGUUGGGGAUUGUGAACAUCCUGCACAUGAUCAACCCGUCUCUGGUCAUCCUGUCUGGUGUCCUGUCAGAGCACUAUGAGAAUCCAGUUCGUCAGGUGAUCAGUCAGCGAGCUCUCCUCUCGGCGCAGGGGACCAAAGUCAUGGUGUCUGAGCUGGAGGAUCCUGCGCUGCUGGGUGCUGCCAGCAUGGUACUGGACUACACCACCCGCCGCACUUACUGAAAGAGCUCGAAAACCAGGAACCAAUCAUUUACAGACUCAAAGACCAAGGGCCAAUCAUGUGCUAUGUCCUUGUUAGGAUCAUAGUGGCUUUUAAGCUUGAACUUAAAAACUUUUAUUUGUUUAGUUUUUACUUUACACAUAUAGGUGCUAUAUUAUUUGGGAUCAAUUGCCUAUUGUAAGGAGUGUAAUUUUGAGGAAUGGUUUAAUUAUAUGAAGGAUGGUUUUAUUUAUUAUUUGUACACUGAAACUAAGGGGUAUUUGUUGCAGAGAGGCCGCUAUAAAAAACUGUUGUGGUUUAAUCACCAGUUCUGUCUGUUUUGCUUUCUGUUGUUUGGAUAUUUCAUGGAGACAGCCACGUUGUCCUUUGCACCUUACGCUGAUCUGUUGCCAAGCCUUUAUUGUGUUUUCGGCACCAUAUGCUUAGGUUUAUCGAUUCACCCAGUCUGUAUGAAUGAAUCAAUAAACUGGACAAAUGUUUGUCCAGUAUGUCUACUCUAAUAUUUAAUGUCACAGAUAUGUACAUUAAAAAUGAUUAAACACAAAAUGUACUUUUAUU